CUUUUCCCUAUCCUCCCACCACUACUACCACUGAGCCACUAUCCCCUACAAGGAGAGGGCAAAGAACACAUAUACACCUUGUUGCUUUUGUCACAAGGUUGCAACAGCUAAUCAAGCUACAAUGGCUCUGAGGCUGUGGGCGAGCUCAGCUGCCAAUGCCCUCAAGAUCUCAAGCAGUGGAGCCAGGGCUGCUGCCCCUGCCUAUUCUAUCUCCAGAUACUUCUCCACUGUUCUGGAUGGCUUGAAGUACACUUCCUCCCAUGAGUGGGUCAAGAACGAUGGCGCCGUGGCCACAAUUGGCAUCAGUGACCAUGCCCAGGGUCAUCUCGGGGAGGUGGUGUUCGUGGAGCUGCCGGAGGCCGGCACGAAGGUGAGCCAAGGCGGCGCCUUCGGGAACGUGGAGAGUGUGAAGGCCACCAGCGACGUGAACUCGCCCAUCUCCGGCGAGGUCGUCGAGGUCAAUGCUAAGCUGUCCGAGACUCCCGGCCUGAUCAACUCGAGCCCGUACGAGGACGGGUGGAUGAUCAAGGUGAAGCCGAGCAGCCCGACGGAGCUGGACGCGCUGCUCGACUCGGCCAAGUACACCAAGCACUGCGAGGAGGAGGACGCCCACUAGUGUUCCCCUUUUUGUUUGUUUCAAAUCGUUUUUCUCGUUGUCGCAAACAUAUCUACUAUUGCUGCUCUUCCUAGAGCAAAUAAACCAGGCUUACCAUGCGUUCUGUU